GACAGACUUCUUCAUUCGGAUAAACAUGUUUGAUGUUACGUUACAGCGCCCCCUAGUUUGGCUGUAAAAACACUGCCUGUUGUCUCCACAUGUUUACUUGCGCCUUGAGUGCGUGUUGACAAGCCAGUUGUCAUGUCCCUAAAGUGAAGCGGCGUGUGGGAGCUCGCGGUGUGGCCCUCUGAUGGUCUCAUUGGUAGGCUAUUUGAUCCGCGACCCGCCCCCUUCCCUCAGCCUCCGCGCUGCGCCGCUCCACACACCGGGCGCACCAGCGGCACAGUCCGGCUGCACAACCGGCCGCACCGCACCGAACCGGCCUGAAGGGAGUUUCUGUGGGGGAAAUAAUCACACCGUCACCGGGCAGUCUCCUCUUCUUCGCGUCGCUGUUGCUUUUGGAAUCAGAGCCAGUGGAGCAGCCAACUAGGGUGGUAGCAGUCCGGCCUUGCCCAAAAAGAGACGCCCAACCGGGGGUAACGGAGAGGAUGAAGGAUUAGAGGAUAAUCCAGGAUGGUUCCAUGGUGCGACCGCAGAGCCGUUUGCAGCUGGACUCAGACCUAUUUCUGAGCUGAUGUCGACAAAGCCAAAGCCCAAGGCAAGCAGGGAAAACCAGGCGACCUGACCACACUCCAACUGGCCAGGCUGCUUCCAGGAACACAACUGCACAGUGUUCUCCUCAAUUUAUGUCCGUUUAAUUCAGCCAGCGAUGCAUGACAACGAGCUACAAACAGUGGGACAGAGUUUGGCCUGCACAUGAUAAACAGAGCUAAUAUUCCAGUGAACUAUUUGGCGCUGCAGAGCGGGAGUUCAGCUUCUAAGCCUUAGAAAUCACACGGUUUCAAGAUCUUGGAAUAAUCUUGCAGAGCUGUUUUUUAAGUCCAUACUUUCGGUUGCUCAACUGUGUGUGAUUUUGGCAUAAAUCUAAGAGGAGAAAGGUGAACUUUGCAAGUUCAGUUUUGUCAUUCAGUGGGAUUAAAGGCGACCUCUUACGACCAUGAAUCUUCAGGAAAAGCUGUCGAGCCUCAAAGGUCUGGUCUCACACUCCCACAGCAAGCGCCGCUUCAAAGGCGACCUCACAGUGGACAUGAUCAGCCCUCCUCUGGGUGACUUCCGCCACACCAUGCACGUGGGCCGUGGCGGCGACGUGUUCGGGGACACCUCCUUCCUCAGCAACCACGGCGGCAAUGGGAACAGCGGGGAAGCGGAUUCUAUCUCCACCCCUGACAACAAGAUUGGAGCGUUCUUCUCCAGGACGCUCCGUCAAAUCAGGAGGGGCUCUGACAGUCGAGCCAGAGAAGGAUCCAAGGAUCUGUCGCCGCCACCUCCCGCCGUUUCUCCCAUCAUCAAGAACGCCGUCUCCCUUCCCAGGCUGGAUGUGGAUAUGCCUAAUGGAAGUCCCACCACCAAAUUGCUUUUCCCCAGUUGUCAAAAUACGCCAGAGGACAAGAAAAGCUCUUAUGGUCUGGAGUCUGGUUUCGUCACGCUGCCUCGUCUCUCCCGCUCUGAGCGGCAGCAGCCUUCCAUUUCCCUCCCCACUUCCUGCUCCCCUAACAUCCACCGGGGCUCUCUGACCGACCCUACCGAGGCCAUCUUAUCCACGUGCUCUGCCUCCAUUGUGACCUCCGACCCCAAACCCACCACCACCACCUACUCUGACUCCCUCCCCUCCCUCACUUCCCUGGACACCUUCACCUUUGACCUCGGCCCCUCCCUCAUGAGCGAGGUGUUCGGCAUGAUCGGCAGCCACGCGGAGGAGCAUGGCCACGCCUGGGAGGGAGAGGAGGCGGGGUCAGCUGGCUGGCUGACCAACGAGGGAUCAGAGAUGGACUCGGCUACUAUCUCAUACGUGGAUUCCCUGCUAAGAGAGGACUGCGUGGGCAGGAAGAGCCCGCAUGGCGGCGAAUGGGACGAGGAGGAGGGGAGCGUGAUGGAGGUGAACGGAGUUGGGCUUUCUGUAAAAGUCCCUGAUGUGGUGAUGGGGUCUCCUGAACGAGUGAGGUUAGGGAUUGGGAUGGAGAGUGAGCGGUUCCAGAGCGCUACAGAUGUGCUCGCACGCCACUAUGGCGGCAGCCUCUUAAAGGGACAGAGGAGGGUGGAGGUGGCAGAUUCAGAGAUGAUGAUCAGCCAACCCAAGAAUAAUCUGUCCUACAGUUACAUGGACGACGAGGAUGAAAUCAAAGUGUGACCCGAGCAAAUCAGAGAUGUUUUGACACUAAAAAAAUCUUCAUCUGAUCUUUGAUUUUCAUGUUACUCCAAUCAAAUCAGUCAUAUAAAAUAUUUUUCUGGUCAACGAGGCUGGCUCUUUUGACGGGAUGACCAUGAAAACUGCACCGCAAGUCCAGUGUCCUUAAUAUUGGAUCCUUUACUUUUAUACAAACAUGCUUCAAGGACAUACAGUUUUGAUACAAAACUGUUGCUGAAUGUAUCUGAAAGGAAGGAAAGACUUGAUGCUGCACGUUUUCCAAGCUCAGCACGGAAAGCGAGAACGCUGUUUUCCAAAACGUCACGACUUAAAAAUGACUGAAACAAAGAGGAAGCACAGAAAGUGAGGAUGUGCCAGAGAAUGUUGAUAAGAUUGUCUCAAAGGAAAUACCAACAUUGCUGAGUGUAGAGGUUACGAAGCCUGUCAUUCACUUUAUACUUUAGACACUUCCUCACAUACGAAGGGAAAAGUUCUCUGUGUGAGCCCUGGUCACUCAUGAGAGCACAGAGAGGAAGCGGGGAUUAGAAAAAUAUAUGUAAUCUUGUUACAACCUUUUUUACAACCUACACUACCAUCUUUUGUCAAUUUUUCACUCAGGAAUACACUACCCAGAAACAAAAAGGGAAGGGAAUUUCAGGCAUCAGUAAACCAGAGAAAUAGAAACAGUUCAGUUAUUAAGCCACAUGGACUGAGGGAAUAUGACAAGUAAUACCGGCGUUUGCCAGUUGCAACUAAAGCCUAAACCAUAUUAUUGCUCAUUUUAUGCUGCAGACCUUCUAUAUAGAUACUCGUGCACCUUUUCUGAGUAUGAACAUUGACUCCUGUAUUGCUUUUUAUAGAAGAAUUGUCAUUUAUAUGUUCUUUUAUACAACUGUACAUGAAGAUAUCAACUGACCUCCUAUAAAUAUGUACUUACAGUAUGAGCACCUGCAGUACAUAGUGCAAUUCACAUCCAUAUGCUGCAGUCAGUACCAAUGAUAUACUACGAUGAUAUAAAUUGACAAUAAAGAUGUUUUUAGUUAG